AAGGCAAGUGGAUUCGGAGAUUUUCGAUGUUGUCGCCGCAUCGUCACAGUGGCCUUCGCAAAAGCGCAAAGCAAAAGAACAGGACAAGCACAAUCCACAACCGCUGUGCUUCUCAAGCAAGGAGCUGGCAAGUAGAUCUACCACCGUGCUUCCUCAAUCGUCAUAAAAACAACCUGAAAAAAAAGGUAGAUACUGCUCAAUGGAGGCCAACUUCGACAACAACGGAGUCCUCGAUGAUGCCAUUGCCGGCCUGGCAGCCGAUGACGAAGUUGAGCAACAGGGAGAAGUUCAAGGUGGUGGAAACGAACCACAACCACAGCCAGCACAGCUCCAACCACUGGAGGGGCCACCUUUUCGUAAGGAUGAUCCAGCUCGAAUGCAGCUCACAAAUGAAGAGCGCCAAUGGGCACUGAGUAUCAGAGCAGCAAUUGAAGCUAACAAUGAAAUUGACCCAGUCUCUGAUUUCAAGUGUGUACACCUGGCCAUUAUCUUCCAAGGAGAUGUGGAAGCAGCUGUGGAGAGUGCCCUUCACCUACAAUGUUUUCGACAUGAAUAUGAUAUUUUGGACACUCUGAGUGAGAGUAGGAGAGCACUGGCAAAACUCAUCAAGCUAUUCCCGAAAUACUAUAUGUCCUAUAGUUUCAACAAGGAAGAUGGUGACUAUUAUCUGGUCUACGAUAUCACACAGUUUUCCAUCAAGAAGAUGACAAGGACUGAAAUGUUCACCACUUUCAAUGCUGGUUCAUACUAUUUUCUUCAUGCCACGACUGUUGACUUUGCCUUGAUGAGAAAGGGAUCCAUUUUCAUUGCUGAGUGCGAGGGUUACAGCUGGACUCAGCAUGUGGAUAAAUCUAUUUUCCAAAAAGUCUGGUUUGAAUUGGUAUGGGCAUAUCCUGUUCGGCAUGCAGUCAAAGCUUACAAUACUGGGGUUAUGUUUAACGUGUUCUUGAGUACACUGAAGAAACUCCUACCAGCUGAAAGUGUGCGCAAAUAUGAAACCGGGUAUCGAUUUGAAGGUCGCCUUGAUUCUAUCUACAUGGUUCCAACUGUGGAAGCUGCAAAUCAAAAACUCCUUCAUAAUUUGGAUCAUAUCUUGCAGAGGAGAUAUGAUUUGGAGAAGUCCUUCUCACUUUCUGAUUUAACCACAGUUGAUAACUAAGAAUCUUUUAUCUUGC